UUAACUUCCUGCCCUGAUUUCCUGUACUACAACAGCGGCAUUUUAUAUAUUUAUUUCCCCAUGUAUACCAUUGUUUGAAUGUGUUGAUUCCUCGGACUAUUUUGUUGUGUAUGUCGGUGUUCCCUAUGACAUCUGGUGUGUGACAGUGGCUGCCCGCGGGUCCACUUCAGAUGCAGCUGGCUAACUGAUCCUGGUUGAUAAUUAUGCAUAUUUAUUGUCUAUACGGUUGAUAUAUAAACCUGUGGUACAAUUACGCACUAUAUUCACAAACAAUCAAACUUCAAAGCUGUUCGGUGUCUGAGAGAGAUCAAGUACUUGAUGUUCAACCAUUUAAGGCAUAUAUGUGUUGGUGUGAGGAAAUAUAAUGCUUAAAUUCGCUUAUGGUCACCAGAAUCACCCUAGUGGUUCGAGAUCAGCGUCAUUCGGUGACAUUACCGAGACGUUUCCCCCACGGACAGUGCUUAUUGCUUUAGAUGGCAGCGAUGACUCUAAAUUUGCAUUUUAUUGGUAUACUCAGAAUAUAUACAGACCGGGUGAUCGAGUUGUUUUAGUGUAUGCAGUUGAAUUCCAUUCUGAACUUAAGACAAAGUGGCUUUAUUCUUUUACUAAAAAUGAAGAAGAGAAAGUUGGUGAAAGCAUGGAAAAGGAAAGAUCUAGACACAAAGAAGUUAUGAAAAACUUUUCACAGAUGCUAGUUAAUGCCAAGAUUUUAGGGGAGGUAAAUGCGAUUGAUUCAAAAUCACCAGGUGAAGGAAUAGUGUCGGCAGCCAAGGAAAUCCACGCCUCCUUCAUUGUGACGGGCACCAGAGGACUCAGUAAAGUUAAACGGACUCUGAUGGGAAGUGUUAGUGACUUUAUACUCAGGCAUGCGGCGGUACCUGUUAUUAUAUGUAAAUAUAAUGAAAAGCAAGGUUGUGAAAGCAAAGAUGUACAUAAAUAAAGUUUUACACUAU